AUGUCGGCCCGCAGUGACAUGAGCUCGGUCAUCACCUUCGCCCGACAGCCAGCCUCCGCCCGGAAGCAGAGCAUCGAGGUCAAGAUCAACGACCACUACAGCUCCAAGGUCUACACCUCUGGCAACCCCAUCUCUGGAGAGGUCACAAUCACGCCAAGCCACGACAGCCGAUUCGAUUUUGUCCAGAUUAUCCUCAUUGGCAUCUCGAGGACUCGCCUGGAGGCCGUUCAGAUUCCGCAGCUCUCUUCCCACACCUUCCUCAAGCUCGAGAUGCCCAUUCCCGCAUCCGCUUACCCCGUACCCCGGAUUUUCGAGGCCGGCAGGACUUACACCAUUCCCUUCAACUUUGUCAUUCCUCGCCACCUGACAAUUAGCGCCUGCACUCACAAGGCCCAGUCUGAUUACAUCCACGACUACCAUAUGCGUCUGCCCCCGACCCUGGGCGGCUGGGAGAGGGACGACAUGGCCCCUGACAUGGCCCAGAUUCAGUACGUCAUCAAGGCUCGCGUCGUGCGACAGGAAGAGCUCGACAGUAGGCCGACCAAGGUCAUGGAGGACAUUCACCACAUCAAAGUCCUUCCUCGUUCCCCCGAGGACCCGCCCCUCAACAUCACCAAGCAGGACAAGAACUACACCCUGAGCAAGACCAAGACCAUUCGCAAGAACAUUUUUUCCUCCAAGCAGGGCACUAUCACAGCUGCCACCGCCCAGCCUGGUGCUGUCUACUUGACUGCGGACGGCCGCGGAGCCUCCGAGGGUUCAGUCUUGGUUAACCUCAACUUUGAGCCCACAUCUGCCGAUAUCCUGCCACCCAAGGUCAACACCGUCUCGGCCAAGAUCCAAGCUCAGACAUGGUAUGGCGCAACGCCCAUGUCGACACUCCCCAACAUGGGGAACAGCCAAGAGGCAUAUGCCAUGACCCAACAGCUCGCUUACUCAACCUCCGUUUCCCUCUUCUCGACAUCGGUUGACAAGGUUGCUUGGCGCCAGCAGCUGUCCUCCACCGCUCGCCGCGAUUCCGGAUAUUCCAGCGAUGGCAUGCGCGAAGGCAGUACUUCCGACUCGGAUUACCAGCGCCAGAGUGGCAGCCGCCGUUCGAGCAAGGACCACUCGUCGCCCAUCUUCCACAAGGCCGCUCUCCAGAUUCCUUUCAAGCUGCCCACAUCUCGAAAGACCUUCAUCCCGACGUUUCACUCUUGCCUCAUCUCCCGCACCUACACGCUGCAGUUGACAAUGGUGGUCGGCGAUUCCAAGGUGAAUUUGAACGUCCCUCUGCAAAUCGCCCUCGAGCCGCCCGUGCAGCUCGAUUCGGCGGACAUGGGACUUCCCAGCUUCGAGGCCGUGAUGGCUCAGCAGGAGGAGGCUGAAGCGGACGCAUUCCUCCAGCCGAGGUUGCUUCAGCAGCCUGCACCCGAAUUUCAGGGUACUGCUGUGUUGCCUAGCUACGGCGACUUGUCUGCAAGGCGAUCUGAGGUUUCAGCUGCUUGA